AUGAGCUCAAAUCUUUCAUAUUUCAACUAUUUUUCAACACCUCGAUUUUUGAACCAUGCGUUCAAUUUGACCACAUGUUUACAAAUACCUAUUCAUAUACUUGGCGCUUAUUGUAUUUUGUGCAAAACUCCAGACUCUAUGAAAUCUGUAAAAUGGAGCAUGUUCAACUUGCAUUUUUGGAGUGUGCUCUUGGACUUGAAAAUUACGUUCUUGAUCUCUCCAUUCGUAUUAUUCCCAGCUUUUGCCGGGUUUCCGUUAGGUGUUUUAAAGUAUACCGGAAUUUCAAUUGAUGUUCAGACAUAUUUGAUUUUGAUAUCAUAUUCAGCUCUGGGAAGUUCCAUUCUGACACUUUUCGAAAACCGUUACUUCCUAAUGUUUGCCAAACACUCCAGUUGGCGGAACUAUCGUCAUCCAUUUCUAAUAAUCAACUACAUAAUUUCUUCCGUUUACGCCAUGCCUGCUUUCCUCACAAUUCCUGAUCAGAAACAAGCUGUUGCGAAAGUUUUAAAUACACUUCCAAAUGUAUCGAAAGAAAUUCGAAAUGCACCGAUUUUUGUUUUAGCAACAGAUUUUCGAUUGCUAGUCAUAACGGUAUCACUUGUGGCGGUGUUGCUUGUUGGAGAAUCAUUAUUUUUUGUUAAAUUAUUAUUUUUUAACAUGAGAAAACGGACGAGAAGAAUGGCGACAUCUCAGUAUACUUUGAACUUGCAACGGAAAUUUUUAAGAGCAAUUUAUAUACAGGUCAGUGCACCAUUUCUCCUGCUCUCAGCCCCGGUGGCUUAUUUGUUCACUACAAUUUAUUUCAACUUCUAUCACCAAGUGGCCAACAAUUUUUGCUCACUUUUACUUGCAGUUCAUGGCUCUUCAUCGUCAAUAUUCCUGAUAUUAAUUCACAAAUCAUAUCGGAAAGUCGUAUGGGAUCUGCUGAAGUUUGAUAUCUUCACGAGAAAAAACAAUCAGGUGUCAAGUUUUGUCGUCUCAAGAAACUCAGUUGCUAUAGAUCGUCGGAAAAAGAUCGAAAAUGAUUCGAGCUGGAAACGUUUAAUUUCUGUAUUCAAUCGAACCAUUCGAGUUUGA